GAGGGUCGCCCCGCCCUCGCGGGCUGUGGCCACGCGCGGCGGUUCCGCUUCCCCCUCCGGCUCCUGCCGCCGCCGCCGCCGCCGCCUCGGUGGGUCCCGCCGCCGCCGCCAUUGCCGAGGCGCCGAGUGGCGGCCGCGCCCCGCUCAGCCCCUCCGUCCUCCGAGGCGGCAGGCGCCGCCCCAGCCCGUGCUUUCACUAGCUAUUGAGAACCAUGUCUGUCAACGGCGAAGUGGAAGACAAGCCACCAGCUCCUCCUGUCCGGAUGAGCAGUGCUAUCGUCACUGCAGGGGGUAAAGACCAGUUGUCUGCAAACCACAGUUUGAAACCCCUGCCCUCUGUACCGGAAGAGAGAAAACCUAGGAAUAAAAUCAUCUCCAUAUUCUUUAUUACUGAAAAAGGAAGCAAGAAGAAGGAAAAGGAAAGGCCAGAAAUCUCCCCACCAUCAGAUUUUGAGCACACCAUCCAUGUUGGCUUUGAUGCUGUUACUGGAGAGUUCACUGGAAUGCCAGAGCAAUGGGCUCGGUUGCUUCAGACCUCAAAUAUCACAAAGCUAGAACAGAAGAAAAACCCCCAGGCGGUACUAGAUGUGCUGAAAUUCUAUGACUCCAAAGACACAGCAAAACAGAAGUACCUGAGUUUUUCUGCUCCAGAAAAAGAUGGUUUCCCUUCAGGAUCACCAACGACCAAUGCCAAAGGAGAACCAUCAGCAGCUGUGGCAGAUGAUGAUGAAGAUGAUGAAGAAGCUCCUCCUCCUGUUAUUGCUCCACGGCCAGAUCACACAAAAUCGAUUUAUACACGGUCUGUAAUUGACCCCAUCCCUGCACCAGCUGGCGACACUUCUGUUGACAGUGUGGCAAAAUCAGGUGAUAAGCAGAAAAAGAAGACCAAAAUGUCGGAUGAAGAUAUCAUGGAAAAACUACGCACUAUUGUGAGCAUAGGAGAUCCCAAGAAAAAAUACAACAGAUAUGAGAAAAUCGGGCAGGGGGCUUCGGGUACAGUUUUCACAGCUACUGAUGUGGCAACAGGGCAGGAGGUUGCUAUUAAACAGAUAAACCUGCAGAAACAGCCCAAGAAGGAGCUGAUUAUUAAUGAGAUCUUGGUAAUGAAGGAGCUAAAGAACCCCAACAUAGUCAACUUCCUGGACAGUUACCUCGUAGGAGAUGAAUUGUUUGUGGUGAUGGAGUAUCUGGCUGGAGGCUCACUAACAGAUGUGGUUACAGAAACAUGUAUGGAUGAAGCACAGAUAGCUGCUGUUUGCAGAGAGUGCUUGCAAGCGCUUGAGUUCCUACAUGCCAACCAGGUCAUCCACAGAGACAUUAAGAGUGACAAUGUGCUGUUAGGAAUGGAUGGAUCUGUUAAACUAACCGACUUCGGUUUCUGUGCUCAGAUCACCCCAGAGCAGAGCAAGCGGAGCACUAUGGUUGGAACUCCUUACUGGAUGGCUCCUGAAGUGGUCACACGGAAAGCAUACGGCCCUAAAGUGGACAUCUGGUCUCUGGGCAUCAUGGCUAUUGAGAUGGUAGAAGGAGAACCCCCGUACCUCAAUGAAAACCCCUUGAGGGCUUUAUAUUUGAUAGCAACGAAUGGCACACCAGAGCUGCAGAAUCCUGAGAAACUGUCACCAAUAUUCCGGGAUUUCUUGAACCGAUGUUUGGAGAUGGAUGUCGAGAGAAGAGGAUCAGCCAAAGAAUUGCUACAGCAUCCCUUCUUGAAACUGGCCAAACCUCUGUCUAGCUUGACGCCAUUGAUCUUGGCAGCCAAAGACGCAAUGAAGAGUAACCGCUAACAUUACUGCCACAGCCUUCAUCCUUUUUUCAUUUGUAUUUUACAAAUCUUUAUAAUAUAUGAAAUUUUUACACUUCUGGGGGAGGGAAGGGAUUGAAGGGGGGGACAUGGGACAACACACGUCAGCGAAAGGGAAGAAACUCUCAUCCAGAAGACAUCCAAAAUAAAUUAUGGUGACUCCAGCGGUCCCUGUCUGGGGUCCAGAAGGAAUUGAGGACUGAAUUACUGGCCGCCUUUUUUUCUGUUGUUGUUUUUUCCUCAUUAUUUUCCCCCCAGACAGCUUAGAAAUGCCACUUACUGUGCCCAGGGUUUUAAGGGUUUUUAACGACUUCGCUGUAAGAGCUCCCAUUCAUUGUACCCCAUUGUCUGGGUACUUUCAAUACUUGAAUGACAGAUUCAAGCUUUCAGAGAGCAGUAGUAAUUUUACCUGCUGAUCUCUUUCACACUUCUCUUCCUCCCCUCUACCUGUUUAUUUUUAAAUCACUUAGUAAGCUCCCAUAUGACGAGAUGCACAGUGAGUGUGACAAAUGUGAAUGUGCAUCUUGCCUGUCAUUUCAUUUGUGGAUUAGUUGUCAGAGUACUGUAGGAUUGACAAUUUGGCUAGUUAAGAAAUGAUAAUGUAUUGAAACAUUUUUCACUUCUAAGAUGAAUAUGGAGAGAGGAGGAAGAGAAGUGUUCAGCUGUUUCUUAUGUGCCUGUGCUCUGUGGACUUUUAAUCAAAGAUGUGGCCUCUUUGUAGAAACUUAAUGAUUGGUCAAGUCUUUGGAUGUCGGUUUAUGGAUAUGUAGGUAGGGGUCAGAUACUUUAUUUAUGAUCAAAUGAUCAGCUAUAGUCAGGGCAAGAAAAAAAAUUCCAGCUGUCUUCCUGUCUGCUCUUUUUUUCCCAUUAGAAUUGUUGGCUGGAAGCUUAAGGGAUAAUGUGCUUAGUGCGGUGGGUGGUUCAGAAAUGCAUUGUAUCUGUGCUCUGACUUGGGCUUUGGAAGUUAUGCUGGUGCCUUUGACUUUUUUAUUUUACAUUUCUUUUCUUUGUAUCAAAUACAUUUUUGUAUAUGUUGUAUUUUUUUUCCCCCAAGCAAAUAAUGCAUCAACCUAUGGAGUUGUCAGAGUUUAAGUAUUAGAGCUAUUUUUCCCAGUUUUUUUAUGUGCUCCAUUUGUACUAAUGAAAUCAGAAGAACAAGUAAUCAGAUCUGAGGACACUGAAGAUACAGGAUUUUUAAAUAGGAUUCAAAUGGAAGAUUAUGAACACCUGGAAUUGCCAAAGCACUGUUCUGAGAAGAUGAAAGCUGUGAGGGGAGAACAGUGCCAUCAGAUGUUCAUGGGGCUGUUUGACCAGCUAGUUCGAGGCUGAGGAGACGUGAUGUGUCACACUGACCCUUUCUCACUAAAGACAUUAUACCAGCUAGAAUGGCUGAAGUCAAACAUUCAAUGCAAGAAAAAGUGCCUCCCUCUGAAGGACAGUGAAAGACUUGAGCAGUUGAGUUCUUGGGGUGUUACCAGGGACAAGUGUAGAAGAGCCUGUGGCUGUGGCUGCUUCUAGCGCUACAGUCUAUGCAUUUCAACUUCUCCGACAGUUUAACGAAGAGCUAACUGUAGUAACAAAGUGCCAAAUGAUUCCGUGAAAGAACCACCAUUACUUUAGUGGGGUUUUAUUGCAUUCCCAGUGGGGCAGGACCUGGGACAGAUAGGGUUACAGCUGGGUAUGGAUGGAGGACCCUGAGUAAAAAUUAUUUGCACACUUUUAUAAACGUUGCUGGCAGAAGAUAGAGGUCAUUUCAGAUAAUUUCAGUAUUUGUAUAGCGAUAGAGAUAACUACGUUUUGGGGACUGGUAGCCAAGGUAUGACAGAACCACCUUUCAGCUGAGAGCAGUUGGAGGCUGUUUGUGUUGAUGAUGGAGGGGAAGCAGGGCAUUGGUGUGGUACCAACAAGGUGCCUUAUUGUGCAGGGCACUGCAGUAUCACAAUUCAGCUUGCAUUCUGCUCUUGCAUGGUAGUAAACUUUUAUGUCGGGUAAGUUACGUUAACUGUUCCAUCACAGGAAUGAAUCCCUCUAGCUAUAAGCCUAAGAAUAGUUCUGGUUUUAAACUCAAGUGUCUUAUUCCAGGCAAGGAAAUCUAGAUGCAUUUCCCAGGCAAAAUGUAUUGUGAGCCAUAGACACUGUAAAUACUGUAAUGGCAAUGCCCCUGGUUUGAGUGUGUCUGGCUCCCUGAUCAAAUGAAGUAGUGACGAGGCUUGGCUGAGAGAAAAACCCUGUCAUACCAAUGAUUCCCUCUUUGUCCAUUGCUGGCAAUGGACUUUGUGAAACUCCUUGUGCCAGAGUUAAACUGGGAACUUUUCUUUCUUUCUUCUUUCUUUUUUUUUUUCUUUUGAUGGCACAAUCUAGACAGUAAAAUAACGCGUGGUAAGUUUAGGGUUUGUUGGGUUUUUUUAAAUAGAAAACCAAGAAAUUGUAAGUAAUUAUCUUAUUAGUUCACUUCUAUUGAUGAAUGAGAAUGGUUUAAAACAUGUUACAAAAUUUGCCCAAUUUAGUCUACUUAGGAGAUGAUUUCCAAACUUUCAGCCAUCUUAGCACCCAAAACUUGGCCCAGUCCAGCACUUACCAGAACAUAUCUUGGCACUUGCUGUGUGACCUGCAGAGGUGUUAAGCUCUGAGGCUGAGAAGUGUCCCCAUCUCCCCUUCCCCAGGCAGCAGCUUUAUCGUUACGUGGUAAGGUUUCUCAUCUCCACACUGCCAGAAAUCAGGGUCAGAGAUGGAGCUGACAGGAGAGGAGAGCCACAAGAAGGUUGCCAUGCUGUGCUUUUGUGUCUUAGUGGGUUGGGCAUCGCUUUUCUAAGGAUGUCAGCUGGAUGUGUCUGCAAGAUUGGAAAAAUGCAAACUGUGUGGGGUUUUUGUCCUGGUGGGAGCAGAUUAAUGUCCUUAAGACUUUCUGCAGAGCUGUUCAACUCUGCUGUAUCACUAGGGCAGACUGAUAGGGACCAGGCAGAGUUUGAGUAGAUGAUGAUAAGGGAAGGAUUGCUUCUGAAUGCAAUCUGGGAUUCCCCUAUACGUCUCACUCUCUUGGGUGCCCACAUAAGAUCCUGAGUCAGGAUCAGAUAUGCAUGUGAUAUGUAUGAAGUGUAACAUAUACAGUGGGGUGGCUAGUUGGGUAUAUGGAGCUGGGCAGCUAAUGGCUGAGAUGCACGUAUGCAGGCAGUGUGUGACUCCUGAGGUUUUCUUGUUACCAUAGAAUAAACUGUACUUCUCCUUAAAGGCAGCCAUGGCGCUGGGAAUGUGCACUUUGACCUGCCUUAGGUGUUAAUGAGACUAAUUGCAGGCUUUCCCCUGGCUCUCCAGUGCAGGGAAGUGCAAAGGGGUGGUUAGAGCAGAUGGGGGAGCCUCGGUCCCUUUGUCAGAGGGGAUAGUGGGUGGGCUGGGGAGGGAGCAAGAAGGUUGUUAAAGGUCUCUACAGCUAGAGUUGAAUAAAAUAAAUGUCUCUGGUCUGUUUUUCCCUCUGUUCUUCAUGCUGUCAAUGGAAAUGGAAGUAGGUGCAAGCUUUCUUUUUAUUUUUUUAACUGUCUUCAGAUUUUAAUGUUGCCUUUUAUGUAAUUUAAUCCCAUUAUGUUAUUUAAUUGUUACUGCAAUAUUAACUACUGUAUUUGUUGACUUUGUUUAAUAACUGUUCUUUCAGGGCUAGAAAUAAACUUUUAAAAAACAUUUGGGUCUUCCCCAUCAUGAGUUUAUACCUUCUAAGACAAGAGUAGCUGAAAGAGUACAUGUUUAGAUGUCUUAAUGAGAUUAACAGAAUGUAUUUGUAAUUAAACUUCUUACGAAUGCUUUAAUGAUGAUGGAUAUAAUUUUAUGCUAUAUUAGUCUGCCCUGUUUCUUUUAAAACUAUUACUUGUCAGAGUCUGUACCAACUUUGGGAUAACUGCAAGCUCUCCUUGCUGCCAUGCACUGCCUGCGGAAUGUUGUGCCUCCCACAAAGUGUUCCAGGUUGCUGGCGGAAGGAGAGCAGCUCUGAAACACCCUUUUCACCCACCAUGGAAAGAGAUCCCUUGCCCUCCUUGCGAAGGGAGCAAAGCAAAAGCCAGCCUAGCGUGUCACAGUCGCAUCUCCACCAUCCAUUCGCUGUAAGGUAGCCUUUUGGUAAUGACUGGGGUGGGACUGAUGGGCCAGUAAAGCACAAUUGUGGCAAUAUGGUGAUGGGGAAUUAAUCUGAACAAGACUGCUUUAUUGCACCAUGAAUAUCAUCCAGUAUCCUGCGUAUAAAUGUUACGGCACAGGAAACGUGGGGAAUGAGCUGUCCUGGUGCCUGCUUGGAAGACGUGGCUCCUGGGUCUGCACUGUCGCUGCUGAUCAGCAUUUGAGCAGCAGAGCCAGAUGGGGUGAGGACACUGGGUGUUGACAGCUCACCUAGGACUUGGAUUGAGAGCGUUGGUGCCUCCUUAGGCUGUGGAGAGUUGCUCCUUUUUUCCAUUGAAUCAACAAAAAGCCGUGGUCUGUUGGCAUGGCAGUCUUAACUAAAGAAAAGGACAUCUAAAUGCGUUUACUUUUCGGUUGAGACUGGUUGAGGUGAAAUCCAGAUGAAGUUUCGGUCUUCAGUUGUGAAUGUCAAGGACUCAUCACGUUGUGUGUUUCCUGUGUGUUAUUGGGAAAUUAUCUCUUCCCCUUUCUUGCAUGUUAUACAAGCUUUGCUCAUACCACUGACAAAGGGAAAUGAAGAAACCACUCGUCUUCAGAAGCCUUCUCAACCAGACAUGAGAAUGUUGUUUUGCACAAAGCACUGUCUCUUCAGGUUAAAUAAUUUGUUGUAGUAUCUUUGUCUUAUAUAUAAUUGACCCUUUAUGCAUUUAAACUGAUGUUCUCUAA